AUGGCCGACGCACAACUUUUCGAGGAAAACUUCAUUGUAACCAAGGUAAACAAGGAAAAGUACGACCGCGUGCACCGCCUUUCUGGUACUUCGACCGACGGCUCCCUCACCUUCACCCUGGACAUCAACCACGAGCUGUGGCCCGUCGCUGAGGGCUCAACUAUAAAUAUCGUCCUUGCGACCACGCUUGCGCUCGACGGCACUACCAAAGAGGGCGCCGAGACGAGCUGGCGGAACGUGAGCAGAUCCAACACGGCGACGCUUGCGGAUUUGUUUGAAUACGUGUGCUACGGCAAAAACUACCGAUUUGAGGAUGCCGAGGCGGGGGCGGAGACUGUAAAGUACUACGCCAGCUUCGGAGGAAUGCUGCUAUACAUCGAGGGACCAUACAGGAAGCUCAACGGCCUGAAGAUUGACGAAAUCUACAUGCUGUGCAAGAAAGCUUGA